AAACACGCCCCACCACUAGAUAGAAUAGGUACUUAUCCUACAUCUCCACUCAUUUAUAUAAAUUCAAGCUCCAUCGACUCGUUAUGCCCACAGCACAACACAACAAACAUUCAUAGUUUCAAUCUCUACUACUACAGUCAAGAUGAAGCUCUUCCAUCUAUCACCAAUUCUUCAUUUCGCUGCCCUCAGCUCGGCUUUGACUCUUCCGUUGAACCAUCGCCGACGCUGUGAAGAGGAAAAGUCCCACGAUGCUCCCCUCCUCGCAACCCUAGGCGGCAGCGUCUUCGAUGUUGACGUAACUGUCGGCGAGGAUAACCAGACCUUUAAGUUGCUCGUCGACACAGGUAGCAGCGAUACAUACAUCAUGCGGGACAGCUUUACUUGCAUCAAUGCCACUGAUAAUCAGAUCAUCGCCCCGGAAGACUGCAACUACGGCCCAGAAACAUACCACAUCUCGUCAAGCUACGAGCAAGUCCCCAACCAAACAUUCGGAAUCGAAUACGGCGCCGGUUUAGCUAGCGGUGUUAUGGCCUACGAGACCAUCACCAUAGCGAACGUCACCGUACGUACUAAGCUUGCAUUCGCCGACCGCUCUAACCCGAUGGGUGACGGGGUGAACAACGGGCUUCUUGGCCUGGGCUACCCCAGCUUGACAUCGGCUCAUCCGGGCACGUUCAGCCCUAAUAGCACCUUCUUCUAUAACCGGGCCGUAUACAGUCCCGUCUUCAACGCCAUGUACGAGCAAGGCUUGGUAGAGGAGCCCUACUUCAGUAUCGCGCUGGCCCACACCUCGCGCGACAGCACCGAGGCGUUCGGCGGCUACCUCAGCCUGGGCGAGCUCCCACCAGUGGAACUGACGAGUGAAUUCAGCACCGUCCCUGUGGAAAUCAUGGACGCCGUUCCGACAAACUUUACCUCCGAUAAGCGGCAGAUCUCCUACUGGGCUUUCACCACCCCGGCCGUGAAAUACGGACCGGCGGAAGAAGAGGAGGAUGCCCUCGUGGUCGACAACACCCCCUUCCAACUCUUCAUCGACACAGGAAAUGAAUUCUCUAUUCUCCCCACUGCGGUCGUAGACCCGGUCAAUGCGCAAUUCGAGCCUCCUGCGGUUUACAAUGACGAGCUGAAGGCUUACAUUGUCGACUGUGACGCCAAGCCACCUGUGUUCGGUGUGGUCAUUGGAGACCAGACCUUCUACCAUGCUCCGGAAGAUCUCAUCUACAAUACUGGGAAAGGUUAUUGCGUCUCUGGUUUGAUCCCCUCUGAGAAGAAUGGAAGGCCCGGCCUUGUGAUCAAUAUUCUGGGAGUGCCCUUCUUCAAGAACGUUGUUGCCGUGUUCGAUUUUGGAAAAGACGAGAUGCGGUUUGCCCAGGUCUCAAAAAGAUAUGUCCUUUAAUGAGGUUGAGGGUAUGUGACGUUCAGGAUCGGUCAUGAUUACGAUGCGUGAUUUGUUAGUGUUGAAUAAUAUAGUGCGUGGACGCAAGUAUUUCUACCGAAUCAAGUCUUCUAGGCAGUGUUAAUAACCUUCCCCCGGCGCUUGACGGCACGCUUUUUCUACCCUUUUGGUGUACUAGUUUACAUGAACUGGCCGCUUGCGAAUAGCAUACUUCCGUAAGCGACUAUUCUCUGGACCAGUCGGCGAUCUGUGGCAGAUAAUUUCUAAACAAGCCUGCAGUGUCAUAUACCCAUUAAACCAGUCCCCCAAGCCAGCAAGGCUGCAUGAGCUAUUAUCUCCACCAUAAGGCAGUGCAGUGCGAUACUCAUAUGGUCAUGCUACAUAGAAUAGGGUCUGGCUAUUUAGUGGCUUUGGGCUUACCCGAAGGGAGCUGUUGCUUCAGCUGCGGUCAUGAUGUCUGAGUAAAAUUUCCUUGUGAUGUUAUCUAGGUAAUAUCGAGCUAAGAUAUGA